CUCUCUCAUCGCGCGGCAAGCCUUCAAGAUGGUGCUGAAGAAAGACAAGAAGCCUAAGAAGUCAACCUGGAAGUUUAAUUUGGAUCUUACUCAUCCAGUAGAAGAUGGAAUUUUUGAUUCUGGAAAUUUUGAACAGUUUCUGCGGGAGAAGGUUAAAGUGAAUGGAAAAACUGGAAAUCUUGGGAAUGUCGUUCACAUUGAACGCUUCAAGAAUAAAAUCAUAGUCGUUUCUGAGAAACAGUUCUCUAAAAGGUAUUUGAAGUACCUUACCAAGAAAUACCUUAAAAAGAACAAUCUUUGUGAUUGGCUUCGUGUGGUUGCAUCUGACAAGGAGACUUAUGAGCUUCGUUACUUCCAGAUUAGUCAAGAUGAAGAUGAAUCUGAGUCUGAGGACUAGAUGAUGCCAUCCUUCACAGGGCUUUGCUUGCUAAUAAAACUAAUUAAGCAUACAAAAGAAAGAAACAUCUUGAAAUGGACCUUUAGCUUAUCAGUGAAUAAAAAACAUUACUCUGUAUGUUAAA